AGGUGGUGGUGGUGAUUGGCUUGUCUCGUUCACUCCCACUGGUCUUUAAAUCAUUGACUAGAUCCUCAAAGGUUCAUAGAAGUCAUCUCUGCUCCAGGGGUCUGCCAUUUCCAAACAGUCCCGGAAAGAUUGCACAGGACUGGAUAAAUAAUUAAGAAGAGAGUGUUCUGAACGUUAACACCCAGGGGGCAAGCCUUAAGCUGAAGGUACAGUAUACUGUUUGCACUGAAGGAGCCUGUGCGUGGUCGAUAAAGCGCUGACAGCUCAAAUGGAUCCCCUGGAACUGAGCAAUGUCAACAUCGAACCUGAUGAGGAAAGCACCAGUGGAGAAAGUGUUCAAGGCAGCUACGCCGGGACGGGAAAUUUAGAAAAGGCAGCAAUGAGCAGUCAAUUUGCUAAUGAAGAUGCUGAAAGUCAGAAAUUCCUGACAAAUGGAUUUUUGGGGCCAAAGAAGCUGACAGAUUACGACGAUGAACAUCAUCCUGGAACCACCUCCUUUGGCAUGUCUUCUUUCAACCUGAGUAACGCCAUCAUGGGCAGUGGAAUCUUGGGCCUGUCCUAUGCCAUGGCCAACACGGGGAUCAUACUUUUCAUAAUCUUGCUGCUUGCUGUGGCAAUCCUAUCACUCUACUCCGUUCAUCUUUUAUUAAAGACCGCCAAGGAAGGAGGAUCUUUAAUUUAUGAAAAACUAGGUGAAAAGGCAUUUGGAUGGCCUGGGAAAAUUGGAGCUUUUAUUUCCAUUACAAUGCAGAAUAUUGGAGCCAUGUCAAGCUACCUCUUUAUCAUUAAAUACGAACUACCUGAAUUAAUCAGAGCGUUCAUGGGACUUGAAGAAAAUACUGGAGAAUGGUACCUCAAUGGCAACUACCUCAUCAUUUUUGUGUCGGUUGGAAUCAUUCUUCCACUUUCUCUUCUUAAAAACUUAGGUUACCUUGGUUAUACCAGUGGAUUUUCUCUCACCUGCAUGGUGUUUUUUGUCAGUGUGGUGAUUUACAAGAAAUUCCAAAUACCCUGCCCUCUGCCUGUCCUGGAUCACAACGCUGGAAAUCUGACAUUCAACAACAGCCUUCCGAUGCACGUGGUAACGUUACCCAACAACUCUGAGAGUCGCGGUGUGAACUUCAUGAUGGAUUACACCCACCGGAAUCCUGCCGGGCUGGACGAGAACCAGGCCAAGGGCUCUGUGCAUGGCAGUGGAGUAGAGUAUGAAGCUCACGGUGAUAAGUGUCAGCCCAGAUACUUUGUAUUCAACUCCCGGACGGCCUAUGCAAUUCCCAUCCUAGCAUUUGCCUUUGUGUGUCACCCUGAGGUCCUUCCCAUCUACAGUGAACUUAAAGAUCGGUCCCGGAGGAAGAUGCAAACAGUGUCAAAUGUUUCUAUCACAGGGAUGCUUAUCAUGUACCUGCUUGCUGCCCUCUUUGGGUACCUAACCUUUUACGGAGAAGUUGAAGAUGAGUUGCUUCAUGGUUACAGCAAGGUGUACACAUUUGACACCCCUCUCCUCAUGGUACGCCUGGCAGUCCUCGUGGCAGUAACACUAACGGUGCCCAUAGUCCUGUUCCCCAUUCGUUCAUCAGUGAUCACACUGUUAUUUCCCAAAAGACCCUUCAGCUGGAUAAGACAUUUCCUGAUUGCAGCCAUACUCAUUGCACUUAAUAAUGUUUUGGUCAUCCUUGUGCCAACUAUAAAAUACAUCUUUGGAUUCAUAGGGGCGUCUUCUGCCACUAUGCUGAUUUUCAUUCUUCCAGCAGUUUUUUAUCUUAAACUUGUCAAGAAAGAAUCUCUUAGGUCACCCCAAAAAGUCGGGGCUUUGAUUUUCCUCGUGGUUGGAAUCAUCUUCAUGAUUGGAAGCAUGGCACUCAUUAUACUGGACUGGGUUUACAAUCCCCCAAAUUCCAAGCAUCACUAACCCAAGGAAAACAUACUUUCUUUUCCCAGUGGAAAUGGUUGCGAAUUAUGCUCCCAAAGAUAUUUGAGUUAUCUUGAUUGGAAUGUUAUUCAUAGGAAAUAACAGGGAGAUUCCAAAGAUGUUUACCAGCAACAUCACCAGCCACCUGCAGAAGAGGAAAAUCAUUUUUUUUUUUUUUUGUCGUGAAUGGCUGUUUAUGUAUUUAAAAAUCUGUGGAGUCCAUUUCUACCCAGGUUUUACUAGAGCAGUGUGAGAUGGUGUAUUUUUGCUGCUGCACCAGCAGAAUAAGGGGAGCUGCACGUAAUGGUCAUCAGAUAAUAUCCUCUUCCCACCUCCUCACCCCCUCCCACCAAAAUACCAAAUUCCUGUAUUCUCGGAACAUCAAACAAAAAUGCCCUGGUGGCAAAGCUAUCACCACUCAAUGCCUUCCCUCAGUCUUGCACCAAAUACUCUGCGUCUAUUUAGUAACAGAGGCAAAAGGCAUUAUCUUCUGAACUGUCCCUGUGAGGUACCUGAAUGAUCAGACACCAGGCUAGAACAUCUUACUGUCAACACAAGGAAUAUUUUGCCCAUCCUGUUUGUGGCAUCAAAUUAGUGGAUUCUUCAUUCAGUAGAUCUUUUGUAAGUGUUAAGACAUCUUACCAAACAUAGAGAGGGGCUUGAUUUAAAUUAUAGAGGAACAGCAAAAAUAAUGCUUACCGCUGACCUGCCUAUUCGGGAAGCAUUUGCUUACCCAUGUGAUUCCCAAUCCUCUUGUACUUUGGUCAUUGAACAAUGCUCUCCCUCUCGUCUUCCAUUCUCAUCCAGAAUUUUUAGAAGACCACAGUUCAUGUGGAGCUACACUACCCAGUAUUGUUUGAUACAUUUUUAUUUGAUAAACAUUCAGUGCAGGAAACUGUGAUUGCUUAUUUGUUUCUGUAUAUAACCUUAUUCUGUAGUCAUCAGAAUUUUAAUGUAUGGUACAUUUGAUUUUUAUUUUUUACGUAGUUUUCUCUCCUUCACGGUCAAACAUUUAUAUUCCUGGGGGUGGGGGCAGGGAAUUACCUUGACUGGCUCAGAAAUCCAUUUGUAUGUAUCUGUCUCUUGGGGAUAUCUUAAAUUUGAAGCCUAAGUUAUAUGUAGUUCAGUAAUGCUCUUCUUCAAUGUUUACAAUAUUGAAUAUAAUUAUCUACAAGAAAAUAAGGUCCCUACUUGCAAAUAAUUACCACUACUAAGGUUGCGUCUUUAAUUUAGCAUGUUUAAAAUAGGAUUUUAGUUCAUUUCGCUUGCACAGGUGUUUGCUGACGUUCACUUGCCAUUUAAUACAACGUUGAGUGGUUCUCUCUAAAAAUAAAAGUGCUAACACUACAAAAAGAUGCAAACUAUUAUUCUUGCUCACUUCUACAACAUAGUUACCUGAAAUGGAUUUAAAAAUUAGUACUCACUGCCUAGAAUUUCUUUUUUUUUUCCCCCCUAAAUCAGUAGCAAGCAUAUUUGUGGUAUAUUUUAUAUUUUAGUGUAGCCAAGUAUGAAAUACAAGUAGCAUAUAAGUAUGAUAAUAUUAAAUCACAUUUCAAUAGCUUUUUCUGGAAUGUGCCUUAAGUAAAUAUAUAUUUGUUUUAUGUAUUAUUUUCUAGAGGCAGAAUACUGCAAAAUGGUGCACUUUAUUAAGGACAUUGAGCAUUACUAGAAACUAUCAUAACUUCUGACUUACUAUUACUGGAAAAAAAUUUGCCAAAUAGCAUUUUUAAGAUAUAUUUCCAUUUUCAUUCACCCAAGGAGUGUAUCAAAAUCGAAAGUGGAAAAAGGUACCUUCUGAGUGUUAAAAAAACAAAAAAAAAUGUCUAACCUGAAUGUAUUUAAAUGUAAAUAUCAAAGAUUAAUCCAAAAAAUUGAAAAAGUGUAAAAAUCUGUAUAUAUUUUGAAUGCUUUACAUUUGAAAUGACUAACUUGAAAAUAUCAACAUGUGUAAUUGUAUAAAUACUCAAGAGCAAUACUACAGUGCCAAAUAAUAAAGCACCAUUUCUCCUCACAGCUAUUUUCAGGAUUAGAGUUCACAUAGACUGCAGGGCAGACGUACAUAUGGUAUCUUGUACUGGUUAAUUUAGCCCCAUUUAUAAACAGAUGAAAAUUUUUAUUUUCUUAUUUCAUUUAUAAGAUGGUUCAAUGUAUUGGGAGGCUUUUUUUUUUUAUUAUGGAAAG